UCCAGCGGACCUUAAACGUCACACGGGGCGGUGCUGCGUUCACUGCCCCCUCCCCCCAAACCACGAGGCUCUGGUGUUGACAGGCCAAUCACCGCCCACAGGCAGCUAGCGUUCAACCCGGCUUCACCAGUCCACCACCGGACAAAGCUUCGUCUCUCCGUCUGUAAUAUCUGCUCAUUCUCACAGAUAACAACACCACUCAAAAGCAGAGACGGUCGUUAGAACAGCUACCGUCUUUAUUUCAAAGCUUUUAAUUCGGGUCACAAAUGUGUCUCACAAAGGAUUAGCCGCCGUGCGGGAAUUCCGCCCUCGCGGAGCUGACCGGAUAGACUCCGCCUUCGUCUUCAUUUGUCAACAAAGGGGUUUGACAAGCUCGGAGAAGCCCUGCCUCCAUGUUCCCAUAAAAGGAUGAUUUGGCCAUACACGGCCAACAAUCAAGCCGUGGGUAACCGUUUUCCCUUCCCUAUCCCGUUCAUAUGGUGCGUUGAGUUCCUCCGUCGCCGUUAAAGCGGAGCUAUCAUGGCGGAGCGCGUACAGCAGCCCCCAGCCAAGCGGCUCUGCUGUAGACCGGGAUACAAUGCAACAUGUAGGCAAGGCCAGCGGGCCGCGUGGGCGCCGUGUGGCGGCUCGGCAGCCACCCAGGGCGAAUCGAGCAAAACCCAGAGCCCGGAGUCUCUCCUGGACAUCGCGGCGAGGAAAGUCGCGGAGAAGUGGCCGUUUCAAAGGGUAGAGGAGCGUUUCGAGCGGAUCCCGGAGCCCGUUCAGAGACGGAUCGUGUAUUGGUCUUUCCCGAGGAGCGAGCGUGAGAUCUGUAUGUACUCGUCGUUCAACACAGGCGGAGAGGAGAUCGGGAGUAGUGGGGAGAGCAGCGACGACACGCGGCUGCCAUUCCGACGGGGCAUCGGUCUGUUGGAGAGCGGCUGCGUGGACAACGUACUGCAAGUCGGGUUUCACCUGAGCGGCACAGUAAGGGAACCUGCCACAUCCUCAGAGCCUGAGCUGGUCUGCAACGUGAGCGUCAGCUUCGACCGUUGCAAAAUCACAGCAGUAACAUGCAGCUGCGGCAACAAGGACAUCUUCUACUGCGCCCACGUCGUGGCUCUCUCGCUGUACCGAGUACGGAAGCCCGAGCAGGUCAAACUGCGCCUGCCCAUCUCAGAGACUCUUUUCCAAAUGAACAGAGAUCAGCUGCAGAAGUUUGUUCAGUAUCUGAUCACAGUGCAUCACACAGAGGUGCUACCAACGGCACAGAAACUGGCAGAUGAAAUACUGUCACAGAACUCUGAGAUCAACCAGGUUCACGGAGCACCGGAUCCGACGGCAGGGGCCAGCGUGGACGAUGAGAACUGUUGGCACCUGGACGAGGAGCAAGUUCAGGAACAGGUGAAGCUCUUUCUCUCCCAGGGCGGGUACCAUGGCUCGGGAAAGCAGCUCAACUUACUGUUCAGCAAGGUGAGAGAGAUGCUGAAGAUGAGGGACUCCAACGGAGCUCGCAUGUUAACGCUGAUCACAGAGCAGUUCAUGGGCGACCCCAGACUGGUGCUGUGGAGGCAACAGGGAACCACCAUGACUGACAAGUACAGGCAGCUGUGGGAUGAACUAGGGGCUCUGUGGAUGUGCAUUGUGUUGAACCCCCACUGUAAACCCGAGCAGAAGGGUUUCUGGCUUCGACAGCUUCGCAGGUGGAACAGCGUGGACGUCUGCCCCUUGGAGGAUGGUAACCAUGGCAGCGAGCUGACCAAUCUGACCAACGCUCUGCCCCAGGGCCCUCCCGGCAACCCAGACUCACUGACUCGGCCUCACCGGACCGUGUUCACGCGAGCGAUCGAGGCCUGUGAUCUGCACUGGCAGGACCCCCACCUGCAGCACAUCAUCACCGAGGACCACUACACCAACUACUGUUACCAUGACAACCUGGACAGCUCCCUCUUUGACGCCCGAGGAUGGCCCCUGUGGCAUGAGCACGUCCCCACCGCCUGCGCCCGAGUAGACGCCCUGAGAUCACACGGUUAUCCCAAGGAAGCACUCAGGCUGGCCAUCGCCAUAGUCAACACACUGAGGAGGCAACAGCAGAAACAGCUGGAGUUCUUCCGCACUCAUAAAAAAGAGCUGCUCCAUAAAGGCAUAACAUCAGUCACCAACCUGGAGGGUUGGGUGGGCCACCCUCUCGACCCCAUCGGCACACUGUUCAGCACCCUGAUGGAGACGGGGCGGGGCAGCGAAGAUGGAGCGACGGUCCUGCUGGACUUCUCAGGCUCACUGGGUUCAGGUAGGAGGAUGGAGCAUCCUGUUUUCCCAGCGCAGCGUUUCCUGGAGGAAGGAGAGUCGUUCGUGUCACUGGCUGUGGAGACGGCUUUGAUAGGUUUGGGGCAGCAGAGGGUGAUGCCGGACGGCCUUUACGCCCAAGAGAAAGUGUGUCGCAACGAAGAGCAGCUACUGGCCAAGCUCCAAGAAGUUGAUUUAGACGACUCGUUGGUGAAGAUCUUCCGGAAGCAAGCAGUUAUCCUGCUAGAGGCUGGUCCUUACAGUGGUCUGGGAGAAUUACUCUACAGAGAAAGCGUCCCCAUGCACACUUUUGCCAAGUAUCUCUUCACCUCGCUGCUACCUCAUGACGCUGAACUGGCGUACAAAAUUGCACUGAGGGCCAUGAGGUUGCCGGUCCUGGAGUCCACGGCCCCCUCCGGUGACUUGUCCCGGCCUCACCAUAUAGUGUCGGUGGUGCCCAAUCGUUACCCUCGCUGGUUCACUCUCAGCCACAUAGAGACCCAACAGUGUGAACUGGCCUCCACCAUGCUCACUGCUGCUAAAGGUGAUGCUCGUAAGUUACAAACAGUGUUAGAGUCCAUCCAGAAGAACAUCCACUCCUCAUCCCACAUCUUCAAACUGGCCCAGGAUGCCUUCAAAAUCGCCACUCUCAUGGACAGCCUGCCAGACAUCACACUGCUCAAAGUCUCCCUGGAGCUGGGCCUUCAGGUAAUGAGAAUGACCCUGUCUACCUUGAACUGGCGGAGGAGGGAGAUGGUACGGUGGCUCGUCACUUGUGCUACUGAAGUUGGUGUGUUUGCACUGGACAGCAUCAUGCAGAGCUGGUUCACUCUCUUCACCCCUACCGAAGCCACCAGCGUUGUGGCUAGCACAGUCAUGUCCAACAGCACCAUCGUCCGCCUCCAUUUGGACUGCCAUCAGCAGGAGAACCUGGCCAACUCCGCCCGCACCCUGGCCCUGCAGUGUGCCAUGAAGGACCCCCAAAACUGUGCCCUGUCAGCCCUGACACUCUGCGAGAAGGACCACAUUGCCUUCGAGACAGCUUAUCAGAUUGUACUGGAUGCAGCUGCCACAGGAAUGAACUACACACAGCUCUUUACAAUAGCACGCUACAUGGAGCACCGUGGUUAUCCUAUGAGGGCGUACAAACUAGCAACGUUAGCCAUGACUCACCUGAACCUCAGCUACAACCAAGACACACACCCGGCCAUCAACGACGUGCUCUGGGCAUGUGCGCUCAGCCACUCGCUGGGAAAAAACGAACUGGCAGCUGUCAUCCCCCUGGUGGUGAAGAGUGUGAAGUGCGCCACCGUGUUGUCGGACAUUUUGCGGCGGUGCACGUUAACAACGCCGGGUAUGGUGGCGCUGCACAGUCGCAGGAACUCUGGGAAGCUGAUGUCUCUGGACAAGGCUCCACUUAGGCAGCUACUGGACGCUACGAUCGGGGCCUACAUCAACACGACACACUCUCGGCUGACACACAUCAGCCCACGCCACUACAGCGAGUUUAUUGAGUUUCUUAGUAAAGCCAGAGAGACAUUUCUCAUGGCGCAUGACGGACACAUCCAGUUCACACAGUUCAUAGACAACCUGAAACAAAUAUACAAGGGCAAGAAGAAACUCAUGAUGCUUGUUCGAGAGAGAUUUGGUUGAAAGAGCAUCAAAAGACCAAAUCACCCUUUUUUUUUUUUUUUACUUGAGUCUCCUUUUUUAUCCUUUCUAACUUGAAGUGAAAAUCCACUUAAACAACAUUCACACGAAUCUUAUUCCUAUGAAUUGGGACUGCUGAGUCUAAUGUGAUAAAGAACUGAAGGGACAUAAUUAUAUGCACAUCACAUGAAAGUGUGAUGCUAUUUAACAAAAAGCAGCAUUGAUGAGAAAAAAAAAAGUCAUGUCUGCACACUGACUUGAAGCCACAGAAUGAACUAAAAAAGAUGUUUCGAUCCCACUCAGAUCUUCGUCAGGUCACAAUGCUUAAAUAUAUGAUAACACAUAAAACUUUAUAUCAUAUGUCAUAAAAGUCUCUAAGAAAUUAACAGUGCAAGAUUGUUAAUCUCUAAGAGGAGAAGUUCAAAGGCAGUACACAAAAAACCAUUCACAAUACAUCAAAUGCAAUUCUUAAAAUGCUGUAGACAAAAGCAUCUUGAAAUGGAUAUUAGGUUUGGAUGGUAUCUAUUUCUUCAUACCUUACCUUCCCAUCAUUUUAUAUGUAUAUGGUAUAUGACCAUAUUUGUUAAAUAUUAUUAAUAAUAAUAGUAAUACAUUCAUUUCAAAAGGAGAAGUCCUGCUGGGAUUCAGUGCUUCUGACCUAUAUCGUGUUGUAGCACUGUGGAUAUAAUUAAAUCAUUUCUACCUCCAAAUAAUUCUUGUUUUGGCCACUUCAUCAAUAAAUAAAUGUUUCACGUUACUGUAUUGCAGAAUGUUGUAUUCAGUGCCGAGCACAUGAAAUGAAAGUAGACUAUGUAAAUAAGAAUAUUUGGUUAAAGGUAGUUUGACUAGGAUCAACACUUGAAUACAUUUUGUGACUUGAAGUCAGUGUGCAGGCUUUUUCUUCCAUCUAAUGUAUUGGUAAAUAGCAAAUUCGUGAAGGCAGAAAAUGAGCCUUUUUCCUAUUCAGCAUUAGCACAGACAGAUGCUCAGUUGAUUUUAGUGUUGGAGUGCUAAUUGGACAGUCUAAGAUGGUAGGAAAUAUGAUGUGAAAUAUGUUUUAGGGUAAAAUUUCUCCCAAAAUUAACACAACAACAAAAAAAAGAAAAGACUAUAAACCAUAAAAGCAACACCUGGUAUUGAUGUGUAUAAAACCAUUCAGUUUGCAGAAGCAGAGAACUGUCAAUUCAUGGAAGUUUGUGUGUUUCCCUUUAUAUGUAUGAAAGCGGGAGAGUAAGUUUUACACUGAGUAUAUACUGUAUUGUCCAGUGGCAAAAUGUCCACCUUGCACUCCUCUUACUUCCCUCAGCUAACGUUCACAGCCUCAAAGAGAAAACAAAUGGCUUUAAACCAAAUGGAGCAACUCCAUGUGAAGUUACGAGUACCUCUUAUUAAGGAUCCAGCUUUACUCUUCCCCCCCCUUCACCCGCCCACCCCUCGCCCAUCUGCUCGACGGAGUGAAACUCCAAAUCCACCAUCAGAAUUCAUUUACUGGGUCGAUAUUUGUUUCUGCCGUCUUCAGGCUGGUUGUUUUGGCUUUGCAGUGUUGUCUCAAACGUUCAGUAUGCUUAUUUUACGGACACAUUUGUCAUGGAAACACAACAACAAACUGUCACAGUGCUUGCUCUUGUGGAAACUUGGCAACUGUCAACAUACAUUCUCAGGGAUUUCUCUAAAGAAAAAAAAGAAAGCAGACAAAAGUGAACAAAAGCAUUUUAUUGUCUUGUAUAUAUGAAAGUAUAUGUCUGAAUAUUGAAAAAAAAAUGUAUAUGUUAACUAAUUUAUGACAGAAUAUUCUAUGUAAGGCACAAUACUUGAAGCUGCAGUACUUUCUGUUUUUGAAACAAGAAAAAAAAAAAACAUAUCAGAAGGACUUCAAAACGUUCGCCUUGCAUUGCAUCAGGGGCCAGUUCAAACAGUAGUACAUACAAAGUACAUGCUGGCAUGUUUGGCUCUGCAGACAUGUAAUGAACUGCAGAAACUGGCCACUUACUCUAUAAGACAGGAAAUGGACUUGCAAAGAGUGUAUUCUCCUGAACACAGAAGUGUAUUGAGGAUCGCAGAAGUCAGAGAAAGAGAGGACUGUGGAGGCAGAGCAGCGCCGGCAUUCAGCUGCCAACUGCUGCGACGUACCAGUGGACAGAAAUCUGCCCUCAUGCCUCCUUCUGCAGUGAUUCCAUCACAAAAUGAAGCUGUUUUACGCCAUGCCUCCUCUGCUAACAUCUCGACUCUGUGCAGGACAGAAAGUUGGGUAAGGCUUUAUUUUCAAGUUCUGUGUUUUUCAUCUAAUUUCCUGGAAACAUUCCUCAAAAUUUCCUAAAGAUUAGUUGAUAUUUAGCUGUAAAUUACAAGAAUCUUUCCAAGAAAAGCCAACACGAUUUGAUAUUCUUCAUUUACGCUUCAUUUUCUGGGUGACUAAUUGGUAUACCUCCGAAUGCUAAGCUAACCCAACCUUUUUAUUCAGAGGACAGCAGCUGAGCACAACAUGGAAAAUGUAAAACGUGCCUGCAAACAAACAUACAAUUCAGCAUAAAUGAAGAAAUGAAAUGAUAUAAAUAAAGUUUCUGUGAGCUUUCUAAAUUAUGAGGGAGGUUUCCAGGAAAUUAGAUAAAAAUACAGAAGCCGUUAAAUAGAGACAGAAAGUUGCUCUAUACUGUAGGUUGUGACUGUUCCACUUUUCUUUACACUUUGUGUUUUUUUUUUUCUCCUCCUCUUCAGUUGUUUUCAUUUCUCUCUAGAAUUCCUCACACAAGAACAGCCUUCUUUCUUGCCUUGUCUUAAUGCUUUAAAAUAACCAAAUGGGAGUUCUAACCACCAAACCUUUUUUCAUACACCAACCGACUUUGGUUACAACUUGUUCGUGUCUUUUCAUUUGUAGCUGAACUGGUUCUGUGUUCUGUGCUUUAAAAGCUCAUUUCAUCUGUUUUUCAGUGUCGUCCCUUAGAGGUCUGUUGGUAGCUCCUUUGUUUAGAAGCGGAAUAUACUCCCUUUUAUUUAUUACGUUAGGUAAAUGAUUGUACAACCAUGUCAACAUGCUCAUGAAGUUGAAACUAAGAUUUGAUACACUGAUCGAUUUAUUUAUGUAACUAAAUCACUGUUUUAUAAACUUGUUAAUGAAUCAACAUUUUGUUUUGAUUAAAUUAGUUUUUUGACAGCA